GCUGCUUCUCUCAUUCCUGCUUUACGUCAAUGUCAGGGUUUUGGUUCUGUCCGAGACCGAGCUGCAAAAAGAGAAAUCAUCGCUCGACGUCGACGCUGAGUUUCCUGACAUCAUACCUCUUCUGCAAGCAACUGAUGGGAAUGGGGGAGGAGGAACAACCACAACGUUUCGCAGCAUCACAUAUGGGGAGAAGACAGAUCAGCGGACCAUCACCACAAAUGGGAAGACAGAUCCGCAGACGGGUCUCGAAGUAAGCGAAAAAGACGAGGAUGAAAGUCUAAUCUUCAUUUUUCUUGAUGAAGAAGAAGACCGAAAAGAUCUUCCCGUGAGUAUCGCUCAUCCCAAAUUGGCACGGUUGGGCGUAGAGCCUGCAGCCUCAUCCUCAAUCAUUUUCAACAAAGAUAUUGUGGGUGGCAAAGAGAUUGGACGCGGGGGCAAAGGUCGCAUAUUCCAGAUUGAAGACAGUAGCACGAAGAAGAAAAGAGCCCUGAAACAUGUUGUAGUUCCACUUGACCUAACUAUUGAAGAACAAAAGAAGCUUUUCCACACAGUUCCGGAAGUGAAAACGGGUGGUGCCGAUAAAGUAAAUGUGGAUAAGCCAAUAACAUCUUGGGCUGUGGACAGUGACAACGUGUACAGAGACACACUUUUGACAUAUUUUAUACAGCGCGUCCCUCUAGUCGUACAGGCGCUGAGAGAAGCCUACGUGGCCCUUGACAUCUCUAGCCAUGAGCCGCACCCCGCAUGUUGCGUCCAGACCUACGGCGUGUACGUCGCUUUUUCGCGUACCACACAGUUUCGGAAAAGGAGUAGCGGCGCUCAAUAUGGAGACAACCAGCCGAUUCCACUUUCUUCUUAUCGUGUUCAUUUUAUCCACGAAAUGGAACUAGUGCAGAAUGGGGAUUUCUCACAAUUUCUGCCGCCCAGUAUCCCUAUUGCUGUUCAGUGGCCAAUCUUGGUAGGCGAGUUCUUCAGGGAUGCAGCAAAAGCUGUGCAGGAAAUGCACGGCCUCGGCUGGACUCAUGGUUUAUGGCCAAACAUUUGUAGAAUUCUCCCGCAAGAUAGGCCAAUGACCUUCAGGCCGGAGCCGCAGUGCGCGGGCCGAGGUCUUUAGAGUCUUCAUUAAGUGCUCACGACCCCCUGGUGUCGCUGUCGCUCUCGCGUAUUUUUCGACAGCUGGACGUUUCUUGUUCUCCAUUAUUCUCCCUUCGGAUUCUACUUCUAGCAUCCUCCUGUCUCUUGCCUUGUAGUUCAGCAUUGUCAUCACCAUCGUGAUCACUUCCUUCUCGCUUCCUUUUCAUGUUGCGACAUCAAGCCGGAAAACCUCCUACUCACGGCGCCUCUUAAAGCCCAAAGCGAUGGGGAUCACGCUGAGAAAAGGCCCAGGCUCAAACUCGCGGAUUAUGAUUUAGCACUGCCUGUCAAACUACACCGAGAAAAAGAUACUGCAGGGACUCCAGCCUAUGUGGACCCAGAGGUAGAAUGCAUCGGCGUCGCCGACGCAAUCGCCGCAGAUUGCUGGUCAGUCGGAGCGACACUCUACGAGAUUGCGUCAUUUUGCUGGGGCAAUAUUGAUGGGAAGGCGCCCCUGGAUGGGAAGACUGAAAAACUGCGUCAGGAAUGUGGAAAUUGGGUCAAGACUAAGAUGUUAUCGGGAGGAAUAGAGACAACUUAUGACUCAUAGUACUCAUUGCUCACCAGGCACCAUUAGCCUAGAAUAUCCCUGCUCUGUGUUUUUCCAGUAUACAAAUCGUGAAGCGUUCUUCCAAUAAAUACUGCACCAAAGCUGAUAAGUACUAUUUUUGAACUACCAAUUUUCAUCAUACUACUAUUUGUAUUUGUACUUUGUCAAUGAGUGACUGACAUAUUUUUACAUUUGCAGUGUUUCGGUUGAUGCCUUUAUAGUGCAGGUAAUUUACGGCUUUCAGGAUGCUCUAAUCGCAACCUUUUCGUCCGUGGUGGCUUGGUAGGAAUCGAGCAUUUGCUCGUGAUGAUAUCAUUCACAAGUUGCCGACAGGGGAACCCGUUUUAAGGGAAAAUUUUCCGCCCCCUUUCAAUCUUCAGAACCAUAAUGCUGUGCGAGACCAGUGUACCAUAGGAAAGUCGUCGUUUGAUUGUUUCAUAUCAGUACUGAGGGCGCAUGCUUUCAAUGUGCAGCCGGGAAAACGAGACUUGGAGAAGCUGGUGGAGUCGCUGGAAGCCAUCAAAGCGAAGAAAUACAAAGAAGAGGCACUACAACUACCGUCGCUUUCGCCUCCCGAGGCAGUUAUAGCGACCAAGACGCCCGCUACACCCUCAAAUCGGCCCACUACAGCGCCAGGAGGGCGUCGUCCAGCCGGCAGAAGUAGUCUGAAAAGCAGCCUCACUCAGACCUCCCAAUCUUCUCUAGUUUCCGACACAACUAAAACUACCAGCGAAGAUCAAGAUUCCAGUUCCAGACAACAGCUCGACGAUGCAUCGUCUGUAGCAAAUCAUCUGAACGAGGCAUCUGCAGUAGACCAUCCUAGUAAAAAGGGCAAGGAGGCAUUUGGAUCUGUCCUAGAAGUAGACUACACUGGUAAUAGUGCUGCCCUUCAUCAAGAAGAAUCUGCUUUCUCUGGUGCAAAGAAUAAUGAGGCAUCCGUUUUAGAAGUAGAUCAUACCAAGAAGGGUGCUUCAUCUGCAGUAGCCCCUACUACUAGUGGCAACGCGGCAUCUGUAAUAGUAGACCAUACAACAGAUGAUCCUACCAAGAACAGUGCUUUCAUCCAAGGUCAAGAAGAUUCUUCAACUUCAUCUGGUGGAAAGGACACGGACAACGACAAGAAAACUCGUAAAGGCAAGCUUCGGAAGAUCAAGAAGCACGAUUUCAGUGCGUUUUUGGAGCUAGCGAGCUUCGAGAGGGCAACGGAGAGCGUCGAUGCGACGUCGGAAAGCGUCGAAGC